AUGGAUUUAAUUGUCGUGGAAGCUAUAGUGGAUUCGUGUUUAACCAGUUGUUCUCUUCGACAAGAAAGAGUAAUAAGUAAGUAAAUAUCAUAUACACUUAUACUCGAUAUUUUCGUAAACAAGUAAAUUUAUAAUAUAGAGCAAAUUAAGAGGAAAAAUGGGUGUUCUUUAUCCAAAGAAAAGCGCCAGAGAACAUUACAAAAGAUCUUUUACAAAAGUUGACAAAAGUGUUUUUAUGAAUAAUAAAAGUACAUUGAAGAAAAUGAAUAAGAAAAAUAAAUAUAAAGAAGUCGUAGGUUUAAAGGAAGCAUGUGUUGUUCUGCAAGAUUGUUUAAGACUUAAAAAUAUAUUGAAUGAUGUAUCAAUGAUGCAUAAUAUUCCAUUGCAAUUUAGACUGGUAAAUAAGAAAUUAAAAAACACAAAUAAUAAGAACGAUAUAUUUAGAAAAUAUUCCAAACGUCGUUUACUUCUGAAUUCACAGUUGGGUGAAAAUUCCAUUGUGCAAAAACCAAAAUAUAUUACAAGAAGCAAAGUUAAAUUAGCCAAAAAAAAAUUUCAAAUGUCUACAGUAAAUAAAAAUGAUAUACAAAAGAUGAAUAAAAAUUUGGAAGUAUCAGAAAAUUUAAAAGAAAAUACAAAUGAUAGCUUUCUUAAAAAAAAAUCUGUCACAAAAAUUGCAGAUAAGAAUAUUUUUAGCUCUUGGGAAAAAGAAUGUAUAAAUAAAAUAAUAAAAGCAGUGCAGAAUGAUAAGAGAUUCAAAAUUAGUUUAGAGAAGAUCAGUGAUAAAGAUUCAAAUCAAAUUCUUUUGACCAAUGAGAAACAAAAUUUUGUAUUAGAACAACGACCAAUACAAAAUAAUGUAUCUGAUUAUGACUUUACAAAUAACUUGUCAAAUUCACAGAAAGAGAAUUUGAACUCUCAGAGUUUAUUAAAAGAAAUUGAUAAAAUAUAUGCAAAUGAAAUCGAUUUGCAAAGAAAAGAUAAAGAUUCUAAUAAAGAUAUUAAUUAUGACAAAAUAACAGAAGUAGAAACCAUACAGAAUGUAAGCAAAGAUAAUCUAUUUGUUAUGCAAUGCAGUGAAAAUGAAAACAUUGUGUUAUCACAUACUACUGUAACUUUGCCAAAGAUCAUAGAUGAAGAAGAUGAUACAGCACAAACUGCAAGGAAAAAUUUAUAUAAAAAUACAGAUUUAACAAAUAAAAAAUGUACAGUUACUGAUCAGAAUAAUAUUAGUGAUAAUAACGUAAAAAGAAAUUUAAAUUUUACAAGUAGAUCACACAAUGAAAAUGUGGAAAGCACUUCAAAAGAUCUAAAAGAAGAAAAGUAUGAAGUUAGAACUAGUAGAAUCAUUAAUAAAAAAAUUUGUGAUUCUCCCCAUAGUAUACAAUUACGCGAAUCAACAGUGUCAGAAAUAAAUAGAUCAUCAAUAGAAAAUCAACUUCUUUUAGACGAAGAAAAUUUGAAUAAAGAAGAAGUAGAAGAUAAUGAUUGUUUAUCAUUGUUUGCAGAUUCAACUCUCAUGCAGGAGUACAAUACAUACCUAGAUGAUAAUAGUGAAAAAUCAUUUCAGAUGACUGAUGAUGUAAUCGAAAAUUAUUGUAAAAAUACUACAUCUGAUUUUAAUAAAGUUUAUAAUAAUAACGAAAAUAAUGUUUCAAAAGAAGUUGCAAGAUCAAGAUUAGAACAAGUUAUUUCAGUUCAAAAAGAUAAUACUGUAUUUCAAAAAUCUUUGCAAAAUCCACAAAUUUCCACACCGUGGAAUAUCAAUGUACUUAAAUCUAUUUUUCGCGGUUUUUGUUAUUACACAAUAAUGUAUAACAAAUGUCUUAGAAACAAUUGUCGUUUUAAACAUGACUUAAAAGUUGUUAAUGAUGAUACAGUUUUCCAUACUAUUGAUUACUUGAAACAAACUAGAUAUUCUAUCAAAAUAAUUAUUCAUGAAAUAUCAAUAAUUGUAAACAAUAGCGAUUUUGAAUUUGUAAAUUGUGUUUUAAAACAAUUAAAAGAACAUAUUGUAUAUGGUGAAUAUUGGAGUACAUUGAAAGAUUUGUUGCUUCGAAUAGAAAAUUUAGAUCCAAAAAUUGUAGAAACUAUUUUACAAGAAUGUAUAACUACUCAUACACAUAUUGAAGAAGUAAAUUUGAAUGUUAUGCGUAAACUAUCCCAUCAAAUUUAUUGGAAAAUAAAUAAUGAUGUACUGUUGUCCUUUAAAAAUUUGAUUAAAAAUAAAGAAAAAACUCAAUUAGUAGAUAAAAAUAUACAAACGAAAGAUAAUGAAACGAAAGAUAUUUCUUCACCAGAUUUAUGUGCAAUAAAUGAAUUAGAAACAGAUGAACAUAUGAAUAUACUUAAUAUAACAGAAACAAUUGAGAGAAUAAAUGAAAAUUCUUCUUUUAAAUUGGAUUUAAUAGAUAACUUACCAAAACCACAUUCUACUAGAAUAAAAUUUUGGAAGUUCUAUGUAGAUAUAGUUCACAAGCUUCAUGUAGGAUUUAAACAUAAUGAUUAUGAUUAUGUUAUGAAUAUUCUUAAUUCAGUGAAGGAAGAACAACAAACAUUCUUUACUCAUGCAUGUUAUCAAAUUUUGUGUAAUAAAAUAAGACAUUCUCACUAUCAUUUGAAGAAGCUAAUUUUACAUGCAGUCAGAGUUGGAGUGACUGCUACGUGUUAUCAAAUAUUAUUUGAUAUUGUCAAAUAUGCUUUGAUUACUUUAGCUGAGAAAAAUUUAUGGGUAUUAGCAUAUAUAUUACUGGAAGAUAUUAAUAUCAUAAUACAGACACAAAUGUAUUUCCAUAAGAUUGAUGCUGCAACUAUCAUGCUUAUUGCUGAGAUAUACUUAGCAAAUCAUCUAGCUGUAAAAGCUUUUCUCUUACUUAAACAAGAAAUGUAUCUUGCAAUACUAGAUUCAAUUGAACAACUUUCAUUACAUAUUGGACAUGGAAUUGGUCAUAUUAAGCGAAAAGAUUUUUCUAUUUAUCUUAAUUUUGAGGCAAGUUAUACUCAAUAUAAAGUUUAUUAUGUAAAUUCAGUAAUUUUAUAAAUGAACUUCAAUUCUUUACAGAAUGUUCCUUUACAUAAGAAACAUACUUAUAACAAGAGAAUGUAUCAGCAUAAGAUUACCAAA